GCAAGUGCGCCAAGUUUCAAAUUUAAAAACUGAAGAAAUGAUUAAAAAAUCAUUUUCAGUCUAUGACAUGACUGUUAUUGUCAUCAGUCUACUGUCAUAUUUGUUAGACAUAAUUUCGGAUAUUUUUAUUAUAGUAGUUUUCUACUUGGAUGGACAUUAUGUAUGGGGGUCCCUAAGUUUGGCAUUUCUUGCUCUUUCAUCAGUUUCCAUGUUAUUGUUCAGCUUUCGUUGGCACAUUACAGACAAAACCCUGACAUGGAAAAACUUCUUACCACAUGUAGUAUUCCUAGCACCAUUGCACAGGUAUAUUGAAGUACUUAGGUUGGGAUAUAUAUCCAGAAAAACCAAACAGAAAGAUGAUCUAGAUGCUGCGUUGAGGGCCAAUGUGGAUGUUUCUCUACUGCGGCUUAUUGAGGCUUUUACUGAAUCAGCCCCACAACUUGUAUUACAGCUCUAUAUUAUGUUAAAGUUUAGUCAUUACAAUUGGCUGAUAGGUGUAUCUACUGUAUUGUCACUCACAUCAGUAGCCUUUUCUCUGACGUCCUACAGUGAUGCCCUGAAAAUGGCCUACAAAGAACAUCACAAAAGGUCAUGGCUAGGUGUUACUAUACUGACAGUAUGGCAGUCGUGGAUGUUGUUGUCCAGAGUUACAGCACUAGUUGUCUUCUCUUUGGUUUUUCAAGCCUGGGUAUUCCUAGGAAUGGGAAUACACUGGAUAUUUAUGACGUUUUGGAUAACCAUGCAGAAUGCAGAAUAUGGAGACACAGCCUGUGAGAAACGUUUGUUUAAUUCCAUUUCUGGCUUCAUCUAUAUCUUCUGUUUCCUCAACCUAAAAGAAGGUCCAUCAAAAAGUAGAAUGGCAGCAUUUUACUGUUUUAUCCUGGCUGAGAAUGCUCUCAUGAUGUUGUUAUGGUUUAUCUAUAAACCUGAGAAUACACCAGCAUGGUUAGAGAUUACAAGUUUAUCUCUAGUGUUUGGAGGUUUUGUUCUUGGUGGAAUUUUAAUGAUUGGAUAUUACUGUUGUUGUCAUCCUACUGGUCGAACAGCAGAAACCAAGAAAGAUCUAACAGCAUAUUGGUUUAAAAGAGCCAAUUCUUUACCUGACAGAAAUAGAGAUCCCAUAUUUCCUAUGAACAAUUCUGUGGCAAGAGUAGCAGAUUGGCUGAAUGCUUCAAUUAGUUUAAGUACUACAGAAACAAGUAGAUACAGUAACCUUGACAACAUGUCAUUAAAUCUCUCCUUACCUGAUAUCUUGAAAAAUGGAACAUAUUUCAGCAAAACUGAUACACCAGACUCUAGCAAAAAUUUGAAUAAUUCCAGGUACAGUUUUAGCCGGAGAUCAAGGAAUAGAAAUCUUGAUUGGAAUGGUACCGUAACAUCUACCAAAUCAUCCUACCUAAGUACAUCAAGUUCAAGACCAUUGAUCAAUUAUUCUCCACCAUCUGUUAGUUAUAUUAGUAAUUCUAAAGACACGUUUUCAUUUUCUAACCAGGUUUUAUUAGAUCCAGAAAGGAGUGCUUCAGUGGCUAGUCUUUCCAACUCAGAAAGAGCCUUUGCGCUGACAGGACAAAAUUCAAAAUCUUCACAACAUGAAGUCAGUGGUGUCAGUAAUGAUGAUGAUAGUUUUUAUGCUUCCCCAGAAUAUAAAGCAUCUGCUUGUGAUUUAUCUCCCUUGGAUCCUAAGAAAUUAUGGGAUGAAUCACAAAAUCGUCUGAACAAUACAGCAAAUCAAAUCAUACAAAUCAUAACAACAACAAAUCUCAAACGUAGAACAAGUGAGUCUCAAGUCACGUGGAGGAAACUUGAUACUGGUGUCAAUGAUAGUAAUGAUGUAAGACAGAAAUAUGACAACUUUUUAAACACAGAAAAUAAACAUUGUGAUAACUUGCAGCCAAUAGCUCAUGAAUAUUAUGAAAACAAUUAUCAAAAUGAUUACAGUGGUACAGGGAGUUCAUUACAGUCUUCAGAUGAAGAUCUUUUAGAAAGUAGUAACAAAGAAAACAUGACUCCUAAUGACAAAUCACGGAGAUCAUCACACCAAUCAUCAAGGGAAUUUUCUUCAUUAGACUAUGGAACAUCAGCAUUAUCAAAUUUUUUUGGAGAUAUAUCAUCAUUCCAUGUGAACAGUCCAGAAGUUGGGGAAUAUUAUAUGUCUUCUGCAUCCCAAUCUAAAUUAAAUUCAAUAGAGGAAGAUGGUUCAGACGAUUACAACAAUAGCUUACGAUCUUGGUCAAAGAAAAUGUUGACAAGAAUUCAAAAACAACUACAUGAUGGUACUUCAAGUACUGAGUAUCAUACCUCUGACACCACACCAUCACUUACAAGUAGUUAUGUCCAGGAGGAAAACACUCGAUCAAUCAAUAGUUAUGGAACCAGCUUGUCCAGUAAUCAGACAUCUCAAUCUAGACUGGAGUCUUCUUCAUCAAACUUUCCUGAAAUGUCUAGUUCAUACAUUCAUGAUUCAUCUGAACUACGGUCUAGAAUGUCCACAAGUGACAUUGGAGAAACCAGUGGCUCAAUGUCUAGUGGUCAUAAUUAUAAAAGGUAUUCUUCUACAACUGACAAGAGCACAGAUAGUGGAUAUUCAGUAGCUAAAUCGCAAUCACUGAAAUGUUUGAAUGGUGAAAAGCUUCAAAAUAGUUUAACAUUUGUCACCAAAUUGGGAAGCGAUAAUGAAUUUUCAACAAAACUGGGAAGUGAUGGUGAUUUUCCUGACACCUUCAACAGAACAAAUUCUCACAAACAAUUGGAAAAUGAUGCACUUGAUGAUAAAAUAUCAUCAAAUAUGAAAAAUGCAAAAAGCCUGCCAGGGUUAAGUUAUCUUUUAAGUGAAUCAGAUACAACAUCAUGGUACAGUGAUAAAAGUGUCAUCAACAAGACACCAUCACAUAAUGAAGAAAAUACUUCUUUUGAAGACAUUACAUUAGCAGAUGAAAGUGUCAAAGAGGAUCAUAAAUCUGUUAGAUUUGAAGAUCAAACACCUGUUAAAAAUCUGCAAAGGAGUAACUUGACUCCUGUGAAAGUGGCAGUAAUGAACAACUCUCCAUUCCGUCCUGGUAAAAUAAUCAGGGAAGACUUGACCCCUGUUAAAUUAGAAAAAUUUAGCAAUUCCCCAUUUCGACCAGGAAAAUCUUUGCUUAAAAAGUCAUCAUUGAGUAAGCCAUUACAUAGAUCUAGUAAAGAUUCAUCAUUAUCAGUGUCAGAGUUUGAUGAUUCACCACAGAGACUUGGACGUAGUAUUGACCUGUUUGACCGCGAACGAUAUAGAAAUAGCGUCGCUGACAUGACUGAUGAUGUUUUUGCCAAGUCAUCAGACACAGAAGUCAGAGAAUUAGAAAAUUCUCCUUAUAAAUUUAGGUCUAAGGAUACCUCAGACUAUAAAGAGAGUAAAGAGAAUGUCUACAGCCUUGGUAGUUGGAGGCACCAGUCAUCAACAACAAGCCAACACAAUUACUCUUCUGAACCUAAAAGCAAGGAUGGUUCCAGAUACUUAUCAGAAGUAGAGACCACUAACAAAACAUACAAUGUUCAAAAGAAUGACAGUUUUACAAACAUUAAACCAAGAACAAUUGUUGAUGAUUUUAAAAAGAAACAUGUACCCAGGAAUACACAAAAGAAGGCACCAGCAUAUACUAAUGACUUGAGUCUUUACCAGUCAGAAGCUGUCACCAAUCCAUGCUAUGCAUAUUCAGACACAGAAUCAGAAGCAGAGAUCAGCAGGAGAUCAAGUAAAGGUCCUUACAAAGAUGAAAGGGUGAGACGUCAUUCAAGUCAUUUUCAUACACCUGUCCAAAAUGAAGGAAAGAGACAGGUAUUAAGAAGAUUAGAUAAUACACCUGGAUUUUCACCUAUAUUGACACCUGGCGAUAGAGAAAUUAUACAAUCAUCAGAAAGUUUGAAUGGUGGAAGUGUUGUAAAACCAAUUGUCAGUACUCCUAAGAUAAAUUCAGACUUUUACAAAGAGGGACUCAGGUAUAUAGAUGAAAGUCCUGGAACUAUUGAAGUGUGAAAGUUUGUAAGUUUUACAUUGUUGUGUAAUAACUUUUUAACUAUGCAUUUAUAAAUCAUGUAAUAUAAUUUAAUGAUACAUAGAAUGAUAUAUGAUGAAAUAUUAGAUUUGAUGUAUAUGCAUACUAUAUAUAUAUGUGCAUAGAAGUGUGCCAUUUUAUUAGGUCAAUACAGGGCAGUUUUUAAUUGUGAAUUAUAUAUAAGCAUGUACACAUAAGUAACUUUUUAUAAUUAUUAUACAAACAAAUUUCAAAAUACAGUGGAACAUGGUAGUUCAGGCACCAGUGACUUGAACACCACAUCUACCUCAAACUAUAGUAAGUCCCUUUUAUGAUUUUUUUUCUUUGAUUCUUACAGAAAAAAAGGAUCUUCGAUCAAACAAAAAUCCAUAACUUAUUGAUCAUGACUUUCACUGACAUUGAGGCAUAUUAAGUUUAUAUCAGUCAAUAGACAAACUUCAGAAAUCCAUAUAGGUUAUAAGUCAUGAAAAGCAUAGAAGCAAAGAUUAUAAAAAGUACUGUAACAUAAAUAAUGAAGGGAGAUAGUUUUAUUA